AUGCGCGCGCACAUGUCAUCUGGAAGAUAUGUGGACUACUCGGAACGCAAAAAGCACUCACUGAGUUUGACCAGUUUCAUCCACACAGCACCGCAUUGUCAUGCUUUGAUGGAUGCAUCGCUCGGUCUUCGUGCAAAUGGAAAAUCAGUCAACUGUUCAGCCUCAACCCGUGGCAAAGCGUUGACGGAUGAAGAAGCCGGAAAAGAGGGUGAGGAUGAAAUGGAUCCCAAGGAAAUGGCCGAAUUGAUUCGCAAAACUGAAGAACAAUUUUUCGAGACAAUUGAACGCAAACGGAAAGAACGCGAAAUGAAAGAAGCAGCCGCAGCGGAGGCAGCAAAAGCGGCCGCGGAAACGGCCGAUGUUGAAUUGGAAGAUGAAGAAGAAGACCAGGCAUCCGUGGAGGAAGAAGAAAAAGAAGGUGAGGAAAUGAAUGGCGAAGCGGAAAUGGGUGAGGAAGAGGACCCAUCGGCAGCCGAAUAG